AUGAAGAAGAAUAAAAACACGACGAACAACACGCACCAACUGAUUACUUUUUUCAAGUUCACCGUGCUUUCAAACGCGGAGGAUGAAGUGGACGCGCACCGAGAGUUUAUCGAGACGAACAACUUGGAAAUCCGAGGAAGGAUAUACUUGAACGAACAAGGCGUGAACGCGCAAAUGAGCGGCAAAGGCACGGACGGUGAGACGUACGCGAGAUGGGUGGAGAAGAGAGCACCGUUUAACGGGAUGCGGAUCUCGGUGUAUCCUUACCACGAGCACGGACAUCCGGAUCUUCGUUUAAGAGUGAAACCGCAAUUAGUGCAGUUGGAAAACGGCACCGCGCAUUUACCGAUUGCGGAUACAUCGAAACGCGGGACGAGUUUGUCGCCGGAGGAAUGGCACGAGAUGAUCGAAAAAGCGAACGAGGAUCCAAGCGAUAAGGAGAAUCCUUUGCUGUUAGACGUGAGGAACGGGUACGAGUGGGACGUUGGGCACUUUAAAGGUGCGCAAAGGCCGGUCCAAGAAUCGUUUCGGGAGACGGUGGAAACGAACGUGGACGAUAAAAUCGGGCCGUUGGCGGAUAUGCCGAAAGAUAAACCCAUCAUGAUGUAUUGUACCGGUGGAAUUCGAUGCGACGUGUACAGCACGGUGCUAAAAGAGCAAGGAUACGAGAACGUCAUGGUUCUGGAAGGAGGUGUGCAGGCGUAUUUUGAAAAGUUUGGGAACGAGGAGAAGCACGCGUGGGACGACCAUUUGUUUGUGUUUGAUAAUCGGUUGGCGAUGACGCCGAAAGGAACGCCGGCGGCGGACCUUGGCGAGAAAGCGGCAACGUUGGAAUGUCACGUGUGUAAACAAAAGAACGCGCCGCCACCGCACAGAAACUGCCCGAACGUGGAUUGUAAUCGCUUGUUUUUAGUGUGCGAGGGAUGUUCUGAAAAGUUGGACGGAUUUUGUUGCCACGAGUGCACGCAAGCGACGCACGUGCGGCCGCAGUUGGUCAAUCCAGGGAGGUAUAAGAAAUACGCGUCGUACGAUACUCCCGAGGCGAGAGCGGCCAGACGAGGCGACGGGAGACAACGAAGAAAGCAAUUGAGGCUCAGGAAAAGGAAGUUGGCGUGCGCAGAGUACGUGAUUAGGACUGUACUCGGCGACGACGAAGCCGCUUCGUCUUCAAACGAAUCUUCCUCCGGGACCUUUGCGGCUCGAACGCGUAGUAAUAAUAAAGUAGAAGAAAACGACGACGAGGAGGACGACGACGACGACGAAGAAAAAGAAGAAGAAGAAGAAGAACCCGAAGAGUGGGAUGAAACCGGGAAAGAGAAGAAAAUCAAGCCGCAAAAUUCGAAAUAUUUGCGUCUGCGCAUGCGAUUGGAAGAAGCGAUUCCGUUCGUGCAAGGAGACAUAUCGCCAGAAAAAUUAGUGACUGCGAUGGAAACGCUGAAUAUAAAUAGAGUUGGAGGAAGAAGCGCGCCCGAAAGAAAGAAGUCCUUGGAAGAAAGCCGAGGAUAA